GUAUAAAGGCUUGCUUGCACCCAACGCCACGAACCAGAUUCUAGAGAGAGAAGAUAGAGUGCAGUGCAGGUUGAUGCGGUAAUGGGUGGGCUCUCUCUUGUUUGUGGAGAAUGUGGGGCCCAUCUCAAGACUGUGGAGGAAGCGCAGGAGCACGCGGAGCUCACUUCUCACUCCCAUUUCUCUGAAUCAACAGAGGCUGUUCUUAAUCUAGUCUGCACCUCCUGUGGGAAGCCAUGUCGCUCAAAAGCAGAAAGUGAUUUGCACACAAAGAGAACUGGACACACCGAAUUUACCGAUAAAACUUUGGAGGAAGCAAAACCAAUUGAUCUGGAAAGUGCCCCAAAAGUGCCUCUGGUUCCUGGAGAUUCAUCAGAAGCCACAGCUAGUGGGAGUACUGCUCCUGAAGAUAUGGUUGUCCCUGAAGUAAAUAAGGAGCUGCUUAAGGAGCUUGAGUCCAUGGGUUUUCCAACAGCCAGGGCAAUGAGGGCACUUCACUUCUCCGGCAACAGCACUCUUGAAGCUGCUGUGAAUUGGAUUGUUGAACAUGAAAGUGACAUGGACAUUGAUCAGAUGCCUAUGGUACCUGUUACUAGAGUCGAGUCUAUUAAGCCAUCUUUGACUCCAGAGGAAGCGAAAGCCAAAGCGCAAGAACUGCGAGAACGAGCUCGCAAGAAGAAAGACGAAGAGGAAAAGAAAAUGGAGAGAGAAAAAGAAAAGGAGCGGAUACGGGUAGGCAAGGAGCUUUUGGAAGCAAAACGAAUUGAGGAGGAAAAUGAGAGGAAACGUAUAUUGGCAUUGCGGAAAGCAGAGAAAGAUGAAGAGAAGAGAGCUAGAGAGAAGAUCCGUCAAAAGCUAGAGGAAGACAAGGCAGAAAGAAGACGUAAACUUGGAUUACCACCAGAGGACCCUGUUACUGUUAGACCUGCUACAUCUGUUGUUCAGGAAAAGAAGAGUUCGUUGCCUGUGAGACCAGCUUCUAAAGCAGAGCAAAUGAGGGAUUGUUUACGGUCACUGAAGCAUAACCAUAAGGAUGAUGAUGCCAAAGUCAAGAGAGCAUUCCAAACAUUAUUAACCUAUGUUGGUAACAUAGCAAAGAACCCCAAUGAGGAGAAGUUUCGGAAGAUUCGACUAAGUAAUCCGUCAUUUCAAGAUAGAGUUGGGAGCUUGAAAGGUGGAAUUGAAUUUCUGGAGCUGUGUGGGUUUGUGAGGACCGAGGAUAGUGAAUAUUUGUUUCUAUCUGUGGAGAAGGUGGACAUGGCAAUACUGAACACAGCAGGGUCAGAGCUUAACUCCGCUAUUGUGAAUCCCUUCUUUGGAGUUCUAUAAGUGGAGAAGCUAUGUGGGAUUCCCUUAUUAUCAUUCUACAAGAUCUCAAAAAUUGAGGAUGAUUAUGGCCAGCAUGGGGAUCCUGUGCUUCGAUUGGACUAUAAAAUACAGUAUGUUUUGUGAUCUUAAUUUUUCUUUCGUGCUCUGUGUUUUUUUUUUUUUUUCUCUCUCCCCAGCCUUUCUUCUGGUAAUGUCCUCAUGUUUCUUUUAAUUGGCACUUGAUUGUGCUGCUCUAAUGGAUAUGAUGAGAAUAUAUCAGAAAGUCCGUACUUUCAUGUAGUUGUAGAUACUUUGUGAGGAUAGGUUAGUGUGUCCGAAUCCACAGCCUCAAGAUUGCAUCAAGAACUUGUGUGGCUUCAAAAUUGAGAAAGGAAUUUACGCCUUUAAAAAUCAUAUGAAUUUGUAAGACAUCUUACAUUUCAAGUUCAAUGUGGUAAUAGAAUAGGCAUUUGCAAGUGAAUCUUAUGCAUAUUGGUGGUCUCAAAGAAUUAUCGAUGUGCUGAUAUUUCUCGAACAUUGUAUUAUGAAGUGUUGCAAGGAUGUGUGCUUCUUGUG